UAAUUAAUUUUUUCUAUCAGAAAAUAUUUAUCCGUUGAGAUUUACGCGUUAAAUGUGGAACUUAACAGGUUCUGGGAUCCCUAUAAAAGCUAGAGCAGGUGAUCACUUUAUGAGUCACAAAGUCCACAGAAAGAUGCAGAAGGCAUGGUUGUAUGAGGAAUAUGGCCCUCUUGAAGUCCUCAAGAUGGGAGACUUCCCUCUCCCUCCUCUCCAGCAUAACCAACUACUUGUCCAAGUUCGUGCAGCUGCUUUGAAUCCAAUUGAUUUCAAGAGGCGUGAAAGACCCAUCUUCCCCUCAGACUUCCCUGUGAUUCCUGGCUGUGAUAUGGCUGGGGUUGUAGUUGGUAAAGGCAGUGGCGUCACAAAAUUUGAUAUAGGCGAUGAAAUUUACGGCAACAUCCAGGAUUUCAAUGCAGAAGGACAGUUGAAGCAGCUAGGUACACUGGCACAGUAUAUAGCUGUGGAGGAGUCAUUGGUUGCACUGAAGCCCACAAAUCUAUCAUUUGAAGAGGCAGCAAGCUUGCCAUUGGCAGUUCAAACAGCCAUAGAAGGCUUCAUAACUGCUGGUUUCAAAGAGGGACAGACUAUUUUCAUAGUUGGUGGAGCUGGUGGUGUUGGAACCUUGGCUGUUCAACUGGCCAAAUACUACUAUGGUGCUUCUUUGGUGGUAGCAACAACAAGCACUCCAAAGGUGGAGUUUGUGAAGAGCUUGGGUGCUGACAUAGUCAUUGACUAUACAAAGACAAAAUAUGAAGACAUUCAGGAAAAAUACGAUUUUCUUUACGAUACCAUUGGGGACACCAAAAAUUCCUUUGUGGUAGCAAAGGAUGAUGCACCAAUCAUCGAUAUAACAUGGCCUCCAUCACAUCCCAGAGCAGUUUAUUCAAGCUUGACUGUUUGUGGAGACAACUUAGAGAAGCUUAGGCCGUACCUACAGAGUGGAAAGAUUAAAGCUUUAAUUGAUCCCACUGGCCCAUACAGUUUUAUGGAAGUGAAUGCAGCUUUUAGAUAUCUAGAAACUGGGAGAGCCAGAGGAAAGGUUAUCAUCUCUCCCUUCCCUACCCUGAACCUAUCUUCCUCCCCUGUUCCAUGUGACCGUGAGAGCAACAACAAUAUAGCAACUGAAAUGAUCCCUCAAAAGAUUCUUAUUCACUGAUGGACAUAAACUGGACUCUAUUAUAUAUAUAUAUGGAGAAGAUUGAAAACAUUUAUACAGAUGGAGAGACUGAAGGAGUUCUAAGGUUGUAUUGAUAAUAUAGACAAGAGUGAACAAUAGCAAAUUGUCUGUGGUAUUUUCACAAGCAGUUUGUGACUUCACCCUGUCCCUUUAUUCUUCUUUGCACUAUAUGAAGUUGUACCAAUUGUAUGGUACUGGAACUGGUACAGUAAUCAA